AUGACCAACGCGGACCUGGACGCGUGGGCCAGAGGGCCGACGGUGCGGGGCCACGUGCACAGCAGGCCCGUCUACGAGCCCUAUGGCCUGUCCGUCGUUCGCGAGAUGGGCCAGGGCUCGUCCGCGCCCGACGGCUGGGCCGCGAAGCUGCUGUCGGCGACGGGCAUGAAGAACAGCGACAGCCCGAACCAGGACUCCUUCUCCUACACCCUGCUGGACUCUGGCUGGAUCCUCUGCAUCGCCUGCGACGGCCACGGGGAGCAGGGCGAGGUCGUCUCCGAGCGGGUGGCGCGCACGCUGCCGCUCUUCGUCGCCCGGCACCUGCCCGAGAGAGGCCCGGAAGAGGCCCUGCGCCAGGCGUUCGCCGAGGCCCAGCAGGACCUGGAGCUCUGCUUCCGGAGCGCCCAGAUCUACAGCGGUGCCACUGCGGUGGUCUGCUGCGUCCACCACGAGAGGCAGGAGGUGUGGACGGCCCACGCCGGGGACUCGCGCGUGGUGCUGGGCGACCUGGACGACGGAAGCGUAGUCUGCAUUACGGAAGAGCACAAGGCGCACGAUCCAGAGGAGUUCAAGCGCCUCAAGGCGGCAGGCGCGCAGGUGAUCCAGAAGAAAUACGACGAUGGCGAAUUGGCAGGCCAAGAGAUUCUUCGGGGGCUCGGCGUAGGGAACGCGGUGCGGGCAGCAGGACAGGAGUGCCCAGCGUGCUACUUCGACUGCCCGGCGUGCACCUGCUCGCUGAACUGCCCCACGUGCCCGACAGUGCACUGCGGGGCCAGCUACUCCAUCGGCCCGGUGGCGGGGCCGCUGCUGGUGGGGCUCGGGGCCUUGCUGGCGCUGGCGCCCGGCUUCCUUCGCCGGCAGUGUGGGCAGCGCGCGCCACCAGGGCUGCCUGCGGCUGCGAAGCCGGGGCCUGCGCCCGCGGCGGCUCCUGCGUCGCCAGCCGGGCCGCUGACCGUCCGUGACGAGGAGGCCGAGCUGCAGGCUGCGGCGCAGGAACAGGGCGACUUCUACCUGAUCCGCUUUGGCGUCGCGGGCCCUCCGCUGUGGCACGAGCGUGCGGGCGGAGUGGUGACUGGCUACACGCCGAACGACGACCACUACGAGGAGGACCUGGCGCCGGGCGGCGACGCGGUGGCCUGGUGCCUGCUCCCCGGCGGCGCUCAGGGCGGGGUGCCUCCCGUGGCGGUCGGCGGGGCAGCUGCCCGCGCGUACCGCUUCCGCGCGGUGCCCCUGGCCGCGGCGCUGGGCGCCGCGCGCGACGCGGCCGCCGCCCGGUUCGGCGAUGCGGCCCCAGGCGUGCCGCUCGCGCCCAACACGGGGCUGGGCGUGCUGGGGGUUCCAGGGGCCGUGCCCCUCGCCCUCCCGGCCGCGCCAGCCGCGGCGCCUGUCGGAGGAGCGGGGGUUGGAGGCGGGCUCGCCGCCCUGGCAACCGUCCUUGGGCCGGGCGGCGGGGCCGUGGCGCCGGGCGCUGGGGCCGGCGGGGGCCUGGUGGGGCUGCCGGCCGCGGGACCGACUGCGCUUGUGGCCCCGGUGCCGGGCGCCCUGGUCGGCCCCCUGGCGGGUGGCGCGGUGGCCGCGCCGGCCCCCGCCCUCGCCCCUGCGCCGGCUGCCGCAGCUGCCGCCGUGCCUGCCGCCCCUCUGGCUGCCCUCGGCGGCGCGGACUUGCGGGUCCACCCGAUCAUGAUCGACUCCAUGGCCCGACGGAACAGGCCCUUCAGCGACUCGCUGGCCCUGCUGACGGAGACGCCGUGGGCGGACUGGCCUGUGAGAGGGCCGCGGACCCUGAAGUGGGUCUGCCACUUCCUGGCGGCCAACGGCGGGAGUCCUGUCGCCCGACACCACAGGUGGAAGACGGACUGCCGCUUGUCGAGCGAGGGCGGUGUGGACGAGCACCUGCGCAUCUGCACCGCGUUGGAGAACGCGGUGUGCUUCGACCAACUGAACGUGACGGAGAUGGUCAGUUUCGAGCUGCUGGGUCGGGCCCUGCAGAUCAUCGAGGAGAAGUACCGAGAGCGCCUGGCGGGCGCGGCCGAUCCCGCGCGUGUGGACACCAACCUGUACCUGGGGACGGAGCCGGCGCGCGGGAACUGCUGCGCGUGCCCGGCCCUCCAGACGCGGGUCAGCCAGGAGCUGGCCCAGGAGCAUGCGAUCCUGAAGGAGAGGAGGAAGGCCAGAGAGGAGCGCGCCGCUGCCCAGACCGCCAAGGCUACAGCAAAGCCGAAGCGCGGCAACGAAGGCGACGCACGCCCGCGCCGUGAUGACCUCGGCGGCCGCCUGCGAGACGUCUUCCCGCUGCCGCCGUUGCAGCGCCGAGGGGGCGCCGUGGAGGCUAGGGCGAGGACUCUCGACUGGGCCAACGACUGCAUCGACUCCCUCAACUCGGCCUACGGGUUCGCGAAGGCGGAGCAGCCGUCUGCGCCUGCCACCGCUGCCCAGCGUGCCGCGCUGAGCCACGUCGAGUCGGUGAACUGUUUUUUUUUCCGGGACCCGUUUUCGACGAGAUUCCCCACCUCCGCUGCUCGUAGUUCUGUAGAGCCCGGGGCCGACGGCAUGAUUGUCUCCGGGGGCGAUAUCGACAACUGUUUCUACCGUAUCGAGUUGCCUGAUGAUUUGCAGGAGUACUUCCCUUUACCAGACGUGGCCGCGGGCUACCUCGGCAUCGCCUCGAUCGACGGGCACCCCGUGUUGGCCUCUGACCCGAUCACCCCUGUCCGUAAGCCUCUCAUGGUCCUCGACGGGGAGCCCGGCCGUGUCCUUCCUGACGAUGACUCGUGUGCGGUUGCUGGCUAUGUCGACAAAUUCUUUGUUUUCAGCCGAUCCCCUGGAGUGGCCCAGGCGGGCCGCGACGCCAUCGCAAAACGUUUGACGGAGUGGGGUCUCGUGGUGCACGAGCUGUCGGACGCGUCCCGGGACGCUGAGUUCCUGGGGGUCGAGAUCGCUCGUGGUCACAGGCUGUCUAUCAAGCGUCGGUGUAUAUGGCGCCUCCGCCGUGCCCUGUAUGUCGUGCUACGUCGGCGCUCUCUCAGUGGGAAGCUCAUGGAGAUCCUCAUUGGCCACCUUACUUGGGCUGGGUUGAUCCGUAGAGAGUGCUUGUCGUUCCUGUGCGAGGUUGAUGCUUUCCAGCACGCCGCCGGCUCGGACACGAUUCGCUUGCAGCCCGGCGUCGUGCAGGUCCUCGCCUCGGACGCCUCGGACUUCGGCCUCGGCGUCUCGUCUCGGCUCUUGGACCCGCGCCUGGUCGCUUCCAUCGGGCGGUGCUCUGAAAGGCGGCGCUUCAAGGACCCCGGGUGCAUCCAGCAGUGGGCCAGGGCCUUCAACGAGGUCCCCCAGAGCCUGUUCGAGGCGCAGUCAUGGUCAGCGGUUCUGGCUAUGCAUGUCUCCACGAGGGCCGACAUUCUCUGUCUCGAGGGGGACGCGUUGCUGUUGGCCGCCAAACACUUUUCUCGGAACGUUAGCAACUUCGGGGCCCGCAGUCCGGCGCUCGUGGAUAACCUCCCCCUCGCGCUUGCCAUGGCCAAGGGACUCAGCGUCCUGGAGCGGCUGGCCAUCCGGCCGUCCACCGAGGCGCUGCACGCGUCGCUGCUCCUCCAGCUGGUGGCGUUCUGCAACGACAGGAGCCUCACCUGGGACUCGGCGGCGACGCUGGACACGGUGCUGGUCCUGUUCCUGAACCACCUCUUCCUGCUCGGCCACGGCCCAGGCCGCCCGCUGCACGACCGCGCGGCGGCGGCGGGUGCCCCCGCGGACGCGGCUGCCGCUGCCGCGGGCUCUGGCGGGGGCCAUCGCGGGCCUGCUGAUCUGAUCCACCAGGGUUUGCCCCGGGCCGGCCUCCUGGUGCUGCUGGCGCUGGUGGGCUACCUGCGGCCGCACGAGCUGACCCGGCUCCGGGCCCGGCACGUGGCCCCGCCAGUGCCAUCUGCGGGCCAGGCCUGCGCGGCCUGGGGCCUGCUGCUUGGCGACUCUCUGACCCUACAGCCGGGCAGGACAGGCGUCUGGGACGAGUCGGUGCUGCUCGACCUGGAUCCGUGGAUUCUCCGGCCCUUGGCAGCGCUGAAGAGUACGCUCCAGCCCGACGCCCUGCUGUGCGACCUCUCGCCGGGGGCCGCCGCGCUGCUGGGCCUGGGUCCGCUGCGGCCAAGCUUGCAUCAGCUUCGGCACGGGGGCGCCUCCGAGGACCUCGCGCUGCAGCGCAGGCCGCUGGCCGCCGUGCAAAGGCGAGGCCGCUGGCAGAGCGAGACCUCGCUCCGCCGCUACAGCAAGGAGUCGAAGCUGCUGGCCACCCUCGGGCUGGUGCACCCAGACGCGGUGUCCUUCGGGCAGUCGGUCUUCGUCAACCUGGAGGCGGUGCUCCUGCGCGGGCUGCUGGAUCCCCGCAGCCAGGUGGUGCUGGGCCCCGACGUGCACCGGCUGCUGACCGCAGGCGUGCCGGUGCCCGCCCAGGGCGCGCGCGGCUCGCGGAGCGGUGACGUCAUCGUAGAGAGUGACAGCAGGAUCACUAAAUACCGAGAUGAUUGCCUCCAGGCGUUGCAGGUCGGAGCGAAGGCAGACACCGACCGCCAGGCAGAGUGCAAGGAAUCGCGGCGGCGGAUCCCGCGGACCGGCAUCCCGGGCCUCGCCAUGUCCCGGUCGUUGGGCGACGGUUGCCUCAAGAAGUACGGGGUGUGCGCCGAGCCGGACGUGCGGGGCAUCUCCGACAUGUGGCGGCGCUGCGCCGCGCCGGUCCUGCUUCUGGCGAGCGACGGCCUCUGGGACACCAUCACCGCGGAGGAGGCGAUCAAGGCCCUCGCCGCGCGCUGCCACUCUGGGGUCGACGCGCUGCUGGGCGCGGAGGCGCUGCUCCGGCGAUCGCAGCGGCUCUGGAUCGAGGAGGAGGGCGACUACUGCGACGACGUGACGGUGCUGCUGCUGGCGCCCUCCGCCAGCCUCGCCGCCACCGGCAGGGCAGCGCUGCCGACGUAG